AUGGACGAGAACAACCGGACGGAGACGUGGCACCAAAGCCUGCAGGCAGUUCUGAACGCCUUAAACCAGACCCUGCACAGGGCCAUCCCCUGCCCCAGCCAGGCCCCGGCCAGCAUGGUGGGGGCCACGCGCGGUGGCCGUGCCGGCCACGCCGGCCGCAAUGACAACGCCUACAUGUACAUCCUGUUCGUCAUGACGCUCUUCGCCGCCACCGUGGGCAGCCUCAUCCUGGGCUACACCCGCUCCCGCAAGGUGGACAAGCGCAGCGACCCCUACCACGUCUACAUCAAGAACAGGGUCUCCAUGAUCUGAGCCUGGCCCGCGCCUUGUCCCCGCGGAGCCGCUGGGCUUGGGGCC